AUGGCCGCCAUCGGGAGCAAGCGCAAGCGCUUCCUCGGCGACGGCAACGACGCCAUGCAGGUCACGUCGCUCGUCAAGUCCCCCCUCGCGCUCCCCGGGUGCGAUCCCGCCGACUACGGCGAGCGAUACUUCGAUCGCGUCAACCCCUCGCCCGCGUCCAUGUUCUCGUCCAGGCUCGCGGUGCAGACGGACACGUCCGGCGAGCGUUGCGUCGCGUUCGUCGCGACGUCCGGCGGUCUGUGGAGGCACGACGUGUCCUUCGCGGGAGGCACCGACGUCCGCGAGGGCAAGGAGGCCAUGCUCAAGCCAACCGAGGUCACCGACGGGCGCACCGCGCGCGUCGCCCGCGUCGCGCACAGAUCCGAGAUCCAGUCCCUCGCCAUGUACGACCCGCGCGGCGUCGGCGACCUCGACGGCGCCGGCGACGUCCGCGUGGCGUCCGUGGACUCGCACGGGCGGUGCGUGAUUUCGUUCAUCAAACGCGACGGAUCGGACUGCGACGCGACCGCGGAGAACGCGUCGAAAGAGGGACGGAUGAUCGACCUGACGCCGUGGCGCGCCCCGAUCGGGUCCGGGUCGUCAUCGUCACCAUCGUCCUCGAGCGCGUCUCGAAGCGCGUGGUUCGUCCCCGGGUGGGCGGGCGCGGCGUUCGACAAGACGAACCCGGACGCCGUGGCCAUCGCCAGGCACUUCGCCAAGACGCUCGACGUGUUCGACACAGCUGGCGCCGACCCGACGAAGCCGACGCGAACGAUGCACACGCUGCUCUGCCCGCACAGCGUGACGUGGGUGGACCGCACGGGUUUAGGCGCCGGCGGGGAUCGAACGCGGGACGAUAAAACCCCGGGGAUGCUCGCCGUCGCCGAGGGUAACCAACUGGCUCUGUACGAUCCGAGGAUGGGAGAAAAAGGCGGGUGCGCUCGGCGGAUGACGCUGUGCAACCGGGGUCAGCCGCUGUACGCGGCGGCGUGCGGGGUGUCGCAGGGGAACGCGGGAGGCGGUGCGGUGGCAUUGCCGAACCUUCGCGCAGGUGAACCGCUCGUCGCCGCCGCGGGCGCCGAGCGAUGCGUCCACGUCUUGAACGCGGACAGGUGGAGCGUCGUCAAGCGAUGGCCCGCCGCGAUCAAGUUCGAGAUUACCCUCCUGCAGCUCUCCGCCGCGUCCCCGGAUCACUGCUACCUCGCCGGGUUGGACUACGAGAUGGUGUGCGGGUGCUGGAGCAGGGGCGCUCUCGCGGGGGGGUUCGCGUUCCGAGGGGACUCACGUUGGCUCGGGAUGGCUCGAGCGGAUGGGACGGGGGGAGGGGGGAGUUUUAACGUCCCGGGUUCGAGUCCCGGCGGGGGCGGACCGGGCGUCGACAUCGUCGCGGGGUACGCCGAGUCGGGUAACCUGUUCGCGGCGCGGGUCAAUCGCAUCGCGGCGUCGGAGAAGUCGGGGUACGAAAAGUUGGGACCAAUCUUGCCAGGGAGUUUCACCGGCGGCGACGACGGCGAGGAGCGCGAAUGA